CGGAAGUGCGCAGGCAGUGCUCGCGGCGGCGGCGACGGCGGCGGGAGGUUCGGUUGUCGCCCGUUGGCCGCGCGGCGCCGCGCUCGGCGGCCGCCAUUGCAGCUUAUUUUCAGUUGCUUUUUAAGACAGAAAGCUCAUGGUGCAAAUUGUUAUUUCCAGUGCGGGGGCUGGAGGCCUGGCAGAAUGGGUGCUGAUGGAGCUACAGGGGGAGAUCGAGGCUCGCUACAGCACCGGAUUAGCUGGAAACCUCCUGGGAGACCUACAUUACACCACUGAGGGAAUCCCUGUGCUGAUCGUGGGGCAUCAUAUCCUGUAUGGGAAAAUCAUCCACCUGGAGAAACCUUUUGCAGUCCUUGUCAAACACACUCCUGGGGAGCAGGACUGUGAUGAGCUUGGCAGCGAGACUGGCACCCGGUACCUGGUGACAGCACUCAUCAAAAACAAGAUCCUUUUCAAAACUCGCCCCAAGCCUAUUAUCACCAACAUCCCCAAGAAAGUAUGAAAGAACCUCGGAUUUUCCCUAGAGAGCGGCCAACUCCUUGGACUCGUGCUCCGCUGCCACCUCGAGGACGGCUUGACGGUUCCCUGGGACCACAGGGGGGUCCGGUUCUGAACACAGGCCACUCACUGGGCAUGAACUCGGAUCCCUUCCUUAUGGCAGCAGGUUCUCUUGGUGGAAAUCUGGCCCCAUUUCCAAGGAACCCGUCUCCUUUUCCAGCUUCAUCAGGCUCAAUGGCUUCAAAUCCAGCACCUUUUCCUGCUGGUGCUCGUGACCCAAGCAUGGCUUCUUUUCCACGAGGGAUGAACCCCACUGGCACAAGCGCAGUUUCUUUCCCAAGGCCAGGUGGCCUUUUGGGUCCAGGCCCAGGCCCAACUCUAAACCCUAGAACAGGGGCUCUUCCUGGCCCAGGACCUCUGUCUAACCCCAGAUUAGGGGGUCUCCCAGGACCAGGUCCUAUGUCUAACCCAAGGGCAGGUGGUCUUCUGGGAGCAGGUCCUGACCCUAGAAGUGGUGGUCCCAUGGGUCCUGGAUCUGGACCCAACCUGAGAGCAGGUGUCAUGUUGUCCUCUGGGAAUGGUCCUCCUAAUCCUAGGCCAGUUGGCCUGGGCCCAGGACCAAAUCCCAAUAUGAGAUCAGGCUUUCUAGGUACAAACCCUGCCCCCAGGUCAGGUGUGUUUCCAGGCCCAGGCCUUGGGCCCAACCCAAGACCAAGUGGCCUGGGCCCCAGCCUUGGGCCCAACCCAAGGGCAGGUGGCUUGGGCCCGGGCCCUAAUCUGGAUGCCAGAGCAGGUGGCCUCUUGGGUACAGGAUCUGGUCUUAACUUAAGAAUGACUGGACCUCAAGGCCUAGAUCUUGCCCCCAUUUUAAGAGCGGCAGGUCUUUUAGGAGCAAAUUCAGGAUCCUUUUCACAGGCCUCUGGAAACAUGGGCACAAGCCCAUCCUCUAUGGCAAGAGUACCUGGUCCCAUAGGCCCAAACUCGGGUCCUGGUUCUCGGGGAAUUGGCCUUCAAGGGCCAAAUCCAUCUCCCAUGUCAAGGGCUCCUGGCCCCAUAGGCCCUAAUUCAGCUCAUUUCUCAAGGCCAGGUGGCCCCAUGGGGGUAAAUGCCAAUCCCUUUCCAAGGGGAACAGGUUCAGGGGGACUCAACCCAGCUGCCUUCUCUCAGUCUUCUGGCCCAUUGGCUUCAAACCCAGCUACCUUUCAAAGGUCUGCUGGCCUCCAGGGCUCAAAUCCAGCAAUUUUCCCAAGAGCCUCUGGACCACUGGGCCCCAACUCAGCUAACUUCCCAAGGGCCACUGGCCUGCAGGGUCCAAGUCCAGCUACCUUUCCAAGGUCUACUGGCCCAUUAGGCCCUGGUCAAGUUGCUUUCCCCAGGUCAGCUACUGGGCACAUGGGCUCUUCUCCAGCAGGCCCUGUGGGUAUCAACCCAGCUCCUUUUGCAAGGCCAACUGGGACCCUGGGUCUCAAUCCAUCUUUUCCAAGGAUGAAUGGCCCUGUGGGCAAGAGUUUGGUCCCAUUUCCUAGAGUAGGGAGCCUACCUGGCACCAACCCAGCUGCUUUCCCUAGACCAGGGGGUCCAAUGGCUGCAAUGUACCCAAAUGGAAUGUUACCCCCAUAAAAUCUGUUUUCCCUCCAGGACCACUUUGGUUUCCAGGCGCUGUGGUUCUGGGCAGGGGCUGUCUUUUGGUAAAAGGCUAGAUGGGGAGCGACAGUCUGAAGAACGUAGCUGGGGCUCAAGCCCAAAUGAGCCAUCUUUUUCUUCUGCUUUUUUGGCUGAAGGUGAACCGUUAUUUCUGGGACUGUGGCAGGUGGGGAUAAUCCCGGUCUUGCGAGAAAGGAUCUCCAGCCCUUCAGAAGCCUGCUGUGCUUUUGUCCCACAGCUUUCUGCCCCUUGUUUCUUACUAGUUUCUUAAGUUGUUCUCGUGGACUUUUCCUCAGGGAUACAUUGGCCUGCAGGUCCCAAUUCACAUGUAGUUCCCUGCUCACCACAGGAGAAUCAGAUCACCGCUCUCUAGAAAUUUUGUGUUGGUGAACGGACCAUGCUUCAGUAGCUCUGACCUGAGCAGCUUGGACCUGGUCAUCCUCUACUGCCAUGCCUUUCCCUGGGGGCUUGAACACAGAAUGGGGAGGUGGACAUCAACUUCAAAUACCCACCAAAUGCAAUUUCUGCUUGACUGACUGGGCCUGUGGCUCCCUUCUCCUGGGACUUAGAGGCAGCUAGAUUUAAGGCUCCUCUACUCAUCAUACUCCCUCUCCACUGGUACUCCCAAUCAAAGAACCUCAAAAUUUAAACUGAUGUGGAUGGGAAUAUGGGCAUUGGGGUGGGGGCUGGGGGUGUCAGGGGAAGAAAUCACUGUGCUUAGUUCAGCCUGAUGUGAAAGGAUGGUUGGUGUUUUUCCUGCAUUGUAUCUUUUCUUACUCUUUCUUUAAUAAAUGGGUUGAGAGGGC